UAUGCAAACAGGAACAUGGCUACCGGUGUUUAACAGCAACAGUCCAUCGUUUUAAUACAUUUUUUCGGCCUUAUUAAGUCUAUGAAGGUAAAAUAUAUUUUUCGGAGCCCCUGCCAGAGAAGAAAAAUCUUCGUAUAGUAUACCGGCAGAGGCAGCAGACCCUCUGAAAACAUCGUCUUCAUUUCCAUCAAUCACAGACAGUUUUUCAGUUUGGGUCAACAUGGCGAGUCCAAGGACCAGACGAGUUCUGAAGGAAGUGAGAACCCAAGAGGGGAAUAAUCUAUGUUUUGAGUGUGGGGCUUUUAAUCCUCAAUGGGUCAGUGUCACCUAUGGGAUCUGGAUUUGUCUGGAAUGCUCUGGAAAGCACAGAGGUCUGGGAGUCCAUCUCAGUUUUGUGCGCUCAGUCUCCAUGGACAAGUGGAAGGAUAUUGAGCUUGAGAAAAUGAAAGUGGGAGGAAAUGGAGAAUUUCGUCAAUUUCUUGAACUCCAAGAUGAUUAUGAUCCCAACUGGAACCUACAGGAAAAAUACAAUAGCAAAGCAGCUGCUCUGUUCAGAGACAAGGUGGCAACUCUAGCUGAGGGUAAGGAGUGGUCUAUGGAGACUUCCUCUGCCAAAAACUGGACAUCUCCUCAGCCUAAAUCUGGCCUUUCAUCCUCUCACCGCUCUGGAGGAACUGGACAAAGUUCAGCAAAAUCUGGUGACAAAGCUUUUGAAGACUGGUUGAGUGAUGAUGUUAAUUCAUAUCAGAGUGGAGGGGGAUACAGUGGGAAUCAAGAGAAUCGCUAUGUUGGAUUUGGCAACACGGUGACUCCAGAGAAGAAAGAAGAAGACUUCAUUAACAAUGCCAUGUCUUCAAUUUACUCAGGUUGGAGCAGUUUUACUGUAGGCGCUAGCAAGUUUGCCUCAUUGGCUAAAGACAAUACAACUAAACUGGCUAACCAAGCAACCUUAAAGGCCACAGAGUUAGGACAAACAAUAAAUGAGAAUGUUAUCAAACCCACCCAGGAAAAGGUGAAAGAUGGCAAAUUGCUAGAUGAAAUGGCCGUCAGCAUGUCUGGGCUGGCAAACAAGGUUCAGGGAGCUGGAGCAAAAUUGACAAAUCUUUUCUCUGGAAAAGCCGAUGAUGGGUCUGUUGGAGAGAGUUACCAGAACAUGGAUGCCACUGAGGGAUAUCAAGGCAGUUCUAGCCAGCCUAUGGGAAAGGACUUUUGGGAAACCUUUGGCAGCAACACCUCCUUAAAGGCUAAGAAAUCCCCCAGCAGUGACAGCUGGACCAUCGCUGACAACUCUGCAAAGAAGAGCUCUGACAGUUGGGACAAUUGGGGCUCUGAGGCAGCAUCCAACAACAAAAACAGCACAGGGGAUAGCUGGGAGGCCUGGGAUAACAACUGGGAGAAUGCAGAUGCUAAGACAAAGAAGAGUCCCACAAAACCUGCCGAGGAAACUUGGGAUAAUGCAGACUGGUAGUGACCUCACAACCUUACGUCUCCUCUCCUGUUCCCCACUGUUGCAUUUCUCCUCCAUCUCUCCUCAUCUCCCUGGCACUUCAAGGGAAAGAGCCACAUCAGUCUGUUGAUCCAUUCAAAAUACAUUUAUAAUAAACCCAUGAGAUAAAGACAGGCAAAAGCUGAGCUUGUUAUGAAAUGAAAUUCUUAAAUGUAAAACUAUAGUGACAUGAGAUUUAUUUUAUUGUAAGUAAUCGUCACAAAGAGUCCUGAUAAAUCUGUGUAAGUACGAUCAUGAAUGACUGCUCUGUCACCUUGUGUUUGAGAAUAAGCCAGUGAUAAUUCUGUAUCAUGGGGGUAAUUGUACUGGUUUCCAAUUCACCUCAUAAAAACAUGCAUGACAGAGAAAGUCUUACAUUGUAAAUAUAAUUCCUUGUAGAUACAUUGUAAUUAACACUAACAACAUUAUUUACUGGGUUCAUUUAAAUUCUGGCCCUGGAUCUUUUGCACAUUUUCUAAAAUAACAUUUAUUAUUGAAAUGUGCAAACUGUCAAAGGUCCUAAAAGUAGAGAUUUGUUGUUACAGCAUUAUCAGUAACCAUGAUUUGAAAUUGAUACAACAGGAACCUUAGAAGUAAAAAUGUUUAUUUUAUAGAAUUUAUCAGAAGAUUCUCCCUCUAGUUAAAUUUAUAUGUGUAGAGUAAAAUAAAUACUACGCUCAUGGUGACUGUAAAGUUUUUGGGUUAUGUUAAGUGGCAUCAAUCAGCUGCUGAAACCAGUUUAGACUAGUCCAAACAAUGCUCAGCAGUGUGAUUCCAUUCUUUUACCUUUCGUAAAAGAAGAAGGUUAAGACCAGACCAAGACUUCCAUACAAACUUUCCCUCUGAAUGUUCAGAGGUCCAGGUAUUCUUUAAAGGAAUGUUUUUUUCUGUAUGCAACUCCUAAGAUAAUUUUUAGCAAUGAAUGACACUGUAUAUUUCUUACAGGAUAGCUAAGUCUAAUGUAUCAUUAUCUUAAUGAUCUGCAUGGAGCAAGCUAAAAUUUCCCUGGAAUUUAACAAUUUUCAAGCAUCAUAAAUAAGAUUAGUGUCCCAAAAUGAGCUGAAUAUCAUCGAUGGACUAGGAGAGAGGAAGAGAUAUAUUUUUUAAUGUUUUAUGUGUUUCUUUUCUUAUUUUUCUGCCCUGAAAGCUGGAUGACUAUUUUAAUUGUGUUAUGUCUGUCAGCUUUCAAAUGAGAGCUUACAUUGCAAGGAUGGGCUUUAUUCCUUUGUCACGUGUGAUAUCAGACAUGCUCACACUGGGCCAUGCAUUCAAACUCACAUUCACUUAUGGCAGCAUAGAAACAGCAUGUACUAGCCCGUUUUAAAAGAUGCUGGCUCAACUGAUGUCACUGUUAUCCAAGUCCCUGUAAAGAGAUUAAAAAACAUGUAUUUUAAGUUUGUUGUAGGACAGGCCACUGUGUUACGAACAACCAUGCCAAAUUUGAGUCAUGACAAACAUCUCUAAGUUUAUAAAAUUAAGCUUCAAAAUCAUGAAAAAUGAAGUGGUAAAAUCUGCUCUAGGAUGGUGUGGGCGUGUCUGCUCAAUGAGCUGGAGCCACGCCCAAUAAUGAGAAUCACGACCCUUUAAAUGAAAAAUUAAAAAAAUGCUUUUUGUUCAAAGUUUGGAUUUCACUUUACAGGGACUUUAAUAAUUGUCUUCUUCAUGAUAAAACAUUUGAGAAUUUUUGAUAACUUCCUUGUUAAUGCAUCAUGGUCAACACAUGUAAUGAAGCUCUGAUAUUACACAUUUUCACACCAUUAUUGUGAAGAUUGAAAUGUACAGAGCUCUUAAACACUCACUGAAUUAACUCAAGCAUGAUACUGCAACUGCACUCAUACAUGCAGUUUUAUCAUUUAAAAAUAUUUUAACAGGAAGAAUAUGUUAAAUUGUGGAUUUUAUCAAGAACUAUGUGUCUAAAAUUUGAAAUGAACAGCUUAGGUUAAGGAUGAGGAAAAAGUUGCAACAGCAACCCUUCUUUUGUGGCCUUUAUUUCUGUGUAAGUUAAAACUUUAUCGUACUCUAAAUGCCUUUAAAGUUUCAUUACUUAGCACAUUUAAUAACCUGCAGAAGUCUUUGUAACAGUGCAGACCCCAGAAACUAAAUUUAGACACACAAAAACAGGUAAAGCUUUGAAUUGUUGUACAUUUGUUUAGAUCAAGCCGAAUAUCAAAGCAUUUUUGACAAGCUGUGAGUGCAUCUAAAACUUUGAGGCUUGGUGUUUGUCUUCACUGACCAGUAGCCCAUUCUAACUGCUCACAGAGCAGUGUACCAGUGCAAUACAGCUGCUGGAUUCAUGUUUGUUAUCAACGUGUUUUAACACUUUUGUUUUACGUCUUUGUCGUUGGGCCUCAUGAUUGGUGAAUAUCCAACUUUACUCCAACAGGUUAUAUCAUGUGAAAGAUAACAUUUAUUCCAUGCCCACUCUCUACCUCUGAGGAUUUUUGGUUUACUGCCAUUUUUUGUAAACUCUGAGCAUUGUUUUGUUGUCGACUUCAGAACAGUAGGCUUGAUUUGACUUUGCUAAGGUCUACAGUGUUGAUUUGUUCUUAGUCACAACACAAAAUGUAAAAAACAAAGAUCACUCCUGGAACAAUUGUGUUGCUGAUCCUUGCAGUCGUGUGCUUGUGUGUGUGGUGGUGUGUUACACACUUUGAACAGCUGUGAUUGCUGUCUGCUAAUUCUGAUGUCAGUGUGCCUAUGUGUCUCUGAUGCAGUGAGGUGUACAUGUCAAUUUACCAACACAGAUAAUGUCAAAUGAUACAUUUUCGGGCUCAGUUUUCUUGUAUUACUGAAGCUUUAUGAAAGUUUUUGUUACUGGAGGACUUUAGGCCAGUGUUCUAACAGUCCUUUGCCUGUAUUCAGCCAAAAAGUUCUGAUGCACCACAACUUUUUAUCUGUGAACGUCUUGGUUAGAUUGCUGAUGCGCUUAGUUCAUAGAUAAACUAUUGACUGAUUGCCAUCUGACAUGCAUAUGGUGAUGAUUCUUUUUUAAAGAAUUUUGAUGUUAUCUCAUUCUGAACUUUAACUUUCCAGAGCAGCGGUUGAGCUCAGUGUCUGUGCCUGUCAAACAUGUCAGACUGGGAUAUGUUCGUGUUUGUUGAUCCAACUAUUAUGUCAGAAAUACUAUUUUUGAUGUAAUGCAUGAGAUGUAACAUGGAACUAAAAACAUUGACCUUGUGUUUAAUUUGCGAACGCAGUUUCCCGCUGUGAAUUUGAGUGCAGUUGUCUGCUUUACCCCUUCAAGUUUCACCAGCAGCCAUCCUAUGAGGUGAGCCAGUGUUACCUAUUCAGCUGAGGCUGUGGAUGUUUUCCUGUACAAAUGGUUUCUGUGUUCAAUAAAAAUGUAUUGUGUUGUGAAUGCAA